AUGGUACCAUGGAUAAUUACUAUUAGUUUCAUACGAAGUUGUAUCUUAUCAAUUCAUUCACCAAUUCUUUCUGACUUGAUACCUGAUAUAGGAUGUGAUACAAUAAAUCCAUUAGCUACGGGUAUAUUAUAUAUUAUAAUCAAUGGUUUAAUGCAACCAAUAGAGAUGCUUAUAUUUGUCUUAUUAACAUAUAAAAAUAUAUGGCAAAGUCGACAACGAGUAGUAAGUAUAUUUUAAUGUUUCAUUUUAAUAAAAC